UAUUUCAAGGUUGACAUUUGACACAUCCUGUCUGACGCAUUUUUGAAUUUUGCUCCGUUUUCAUUGAAUUUUUCAAAAAAUAUAGACAAUAAUAAUGGCUGCUGCAGCGGCUGCUAAAAUCGCCGAAGUCCGAGAGACGACACGCGUGGAAAGAAUUGGGGCCCACUCUCAUAUCAGAGGAUUAGGUUUAGACGACAGUCUAGAAGCCAGACAUGUUUCCCAAGGUAUGGUGGGUCAAGUUUCUGCUAGGAGAGCAGUGGGAAUCGUCCUUCAUAUGGUACGUGAAGGCAGAAUUGCUGGUAGAGCAGUCUUAUUGGCAGGACAGCCAGGGACUGGCAAAACGGCUAUAGCAACAGCUUUGGCGCAUGCUUUGGGACAAGACACGCCGUUUACCAGUAUGGCAGGAUCUGAAAUAUAUUCGUUGGAAAUGAGCAAAACUGAAGCUAUAACGCAAGCUAUCAGAAAAAGUAUUGGUGUUAGAAUCAAAGAGGAGAGCGAAAUCAUCGAAGGAGAAGUCGUCGAAGUGAGCAUCGACAGACCAGCUACGGGGGUCGGCACGAAAGUUGGAAAAUUAAUUUUGAAAACCACCGAUAUGGAGACCGUUUAUGACCUGGGCGGUAAAAUGAUCGAUAGUAUUUUAAAGGAAAAAGUCCAAUCGGGCGACGUCAUAACCAUCGAUAAAGCCACGGGAAAAAUUACGCGAUUGGGUAGAUCUUUCGCCAGAGCCAGAGAUUACGACGCGACAGGUCAACAGACCAGGUUCGUUCAAUGCCCCGAAGGGGAAUUGCAAAAAAGGAAGGAAGUCGUGCAUACGGUGACGCUUCACGAGAUCGACGUCAUCAAUAGUCGUACGCACGGAUUUCUCGCCCUAUUUUCAGGCGACACCGGCGAAAUUAAACCGGAAGUAAGAGAACAAAUUAACGGAAAAGUGGCGGAAUGGCGGGAAGAGGGCAAAGCGGAAAUAAUACCGGGUGUCCUUUUUAUCGAUGAGGUUCACAUGUUGGAUAUCGAAUGCUUCUCGUUUCUAAAUAGAGCGCUCGAAAAUGAAAUGUCACCGAUCGUCAUAAUGGCUACCAAUCGAGGCAUCACCAAAAUCAGAGGUACCACUUACAAAUCUCCGCACGGUAUUCCCCUAGAUUUGUUGGACAGAACCAUCAUCGUACCGACUCAACCCUACGACGAGAAGGAAUUGAGGGAAAUUUUGAGCAUCCGAUGCGAAGAAGAAGACUGUCAAAUGUCGGACAACGCUUUGGCCGUUUUAACGAGGAUCUGCAAGGAGACUUCGUUGCGAUACGGUAUGCAAUUGAUUAUGACAUCUAGCUUGAUAGCUAGAAAACGUAAAGCUCACGAAGUCGAUGUUGAAGACAUAAAGAGAGCUUACACACUGUUUUACGAUGAAGGAAGAUCCGUGCAAUUCCUCAGAGAGUACCAACAAGAAUUCAUGUUUAACGAUCUUGAUGACAAAGAUGACAUGGAGGUGGAAACGAAUUGAUUUGUCUUGUUUUAAUUUAAAUUUACACUUUCCGAUUCCAUUAUUGACUUGUUUUAUAUUUUUGCUUGUCUUUCUUGAAAAUACACGUUUUUUUAUAUAUA